AAGAAGAAGAAGAAGUUUCGCGAUAGUGAGGGGCGCAAAACAACGCGAUGAGAUUUAACAUAACCACUAAACAUCGAUACCAGUUUUAACUUGAAUAUUCUUGAUAACAGCCAUGUUAAGGAGUCAGUACAUACACAGUGGUAAAGAUUAACUGUGUAGCAAGCCGUUAGCAUAACUUCUCUGCUAGUCAGAUAGAGUACGCUAACAUUAGCCGACCUGUCAGCCGGUGGGAAGCCGCAGCAUGUCGGUGCACUUCGAUGAGAGGAGCGGUGUAGUGCCCUGCAAGACACCCUGGGGCUCCUGGUACCAGACCAUGGAGGAGGUCUUCAUUGAAGUCAAUGUGCCUAAUGGGACGUCUGCCAAAGAGGUCAAGUGCCAUUUGGGGUCCAGAGACAUCGAGCUCCACGUCAAAGGGCAGGAAAUAUUCAAGGGAAAGUUGUUUGGCACAACCGUGUCUGACGAGGCUACAUGGACACUAGAGGACAAGUGUCUCAUCCAGAUCGUUCUGAUGAAGACAAACAGAGAAGCGGGGAACUGCUGGUCCUCUCUGCUGGAGGGGGAGUACUGCGCAAAUCCCUGGGUCCAGGACCAGAUGCAGAGAAAACUCACACUGGAGAGGUUCCAGCGCGAGAAUCCUGGAUUUGACUUCAGCGGCGCAGAGAUCUCUGGGAAUUUUGCUGGUGGUGGUCCUGACUUUUCCAGUUUACAGAAGUGACUGUUGCUAUAAUGUCAAAAACACAAGUGCUGGAGAUGUGACUUCUGUGUGAUGAACACUAUUGAGGACACCCAGAGCUUGGCAGAGGAACAGUGGAUCCGUCAGAUCGUCAGCAAGAAGCCAAAAGAUCUGCCUUCAGAAGGACUUUUAAAGGGUGGUCUGUAAGACAGUUGUUCGACAGACAUGUUAAACACAGUCAGCCUCUUCUUUCAUCUGCCGUUCUUUGGCUGUGAAGAACUAGUUUUGUUCAGCCUGACUUGGCCCAUUAUACAGGCUGAUUAACAGCUGAUUGGGAAUAUUUGAUCUAUUUGUAAAAAGCCUUUGAGACGUAUGUCUUUUAAUAAUGACAAUAAUGCGUACAGCAAUAGCUUUUCAAUAAAGUUUUAUUGAAAGGUACAAGUACAUAGGUUAACCAGAUGGUGUAUUCAAUUAGCCAUUUUGAGUUUGAGAGCACAUUGUAUUUUUCUUACUAAAAGAAACUUAUACUAGACAGGGAAACUGGCAGAGAAAAUACAAUUCAAAUUCCAAUCCACAUUUCCACUGCAAUUACUAUUUUUUUUAGUGUUCUCUGCAUCGACAACUGAAAUCAAAAAAUACACUUGGUGCUCUGUGUCCACAAAUUGAGAAUGGGUGAAAACAACUCAUCUGUAACCGCUGAUGGCAUGUCAGCUCAAAUAGUAUGGUUAGCCAUACAUGACGGGAUCGUCACUAGCCUCAUUUCACUGGAGAAAACCAGAGCUCCCUCGCCGUAUCAACAUAAAAAAAAAACAAAAAAAAUCAUCACCUUGGGUAGGAGUGUGCAUUCAGGACAGUUUAGCAACCUAGGGUGGGAGUUAAGGAUUCUGGGCCCGAUUUCUUGGUUCCAUUUUUGCUGUUCACAAAAUCCUUCUCCCUCCUCUUCCACAU